CAAACUUUUCGGCAGCAUUCACGAGUUGUCUUUAAGUCACAGAAGUACGGAGUUCGCGUUUAAUAUUUGAAAAAGGAUUUUUUGGUGUUGAUUAAAUUUGCUGCUAUGAAUUGCGCGUAUAUUUCCUAUUUUUCGCUUUGCAUUGGCACAGCUUUAGCUGUGCUCUAUAAUGGUGAAGCGCCUAAGCAGAAAUCUGAAACUGAUGUCGCAGCGUUACAACAGCAACAACAGCAACGUCGGGACCCACUAACACUUCCUGGUUAUCACUACAGUGGGUCAGCCGCAACAGCGCAGCAAGCAUUCACCGGCUAUCGCUACAGUGCACCGGCAGCGACAGCAGCUGAAACUACAACAAGCACAACGACAGUCAGGCCACCAACCACAGCAGCGCCUACACAGCCUGCAGCUAUUGGUUACAUUUAUAACAAGCCGUUGGCCGAAAGCUACAACCGACAACCGCUCUACCUCCACGCGCCCCACUACCAGCUGAGUCAUCAAACGUCCGCUUUAGCGCUCAGCAGCGAUGCCGAUGUAGGACAACAAUUACCUUUGAGUGCCGCGCCCACUUAUUAUGUGCCACAAGCGGAAGUUGUCAACAGUGGUAAGCAUUUUGAAGCGACGCCACCCAAUUUCUUUGUGCCGCGCAUUGUGACAGGUGCAGCCGAAGUGGCGCAAACGUCGACGCCAGCUCCGCAGGUCGCAAAGGCACAAAGCGACGAGGCUGCUGCUGCUUUGACGGGUGGUUAUAACUAUGCGCGGCCGUUGAGUGACGCUGAACUCACAGUUGACACGUCAGCCUCCUAUCAGCAAGCGUUUCAGCAGUUCGCUGACUAUUUGAUUUGGCAAAGAGCGCAAAGCAAGCAGCAGGAACAAACGCCAAUCGACACGCAAAUGGAAGCAAAGCAGCAACAACAAACAAUACCGCACGCCGCACAAGCUUACGGCGAUUCUACUCUCCAGCAAUUUAGCUUUCCUAGCGCUCACAGGCAAUACGAACCCGCCACAGCGCCCAGCAGCGGCCUUAUACAAGCGUCACCACAAGCUGCGCCUGUAACGUUCGCUGCACAAGGUUAUGCGCCAGCUACAGCAGCGUCAGCAACCACGGUUGACGCACAGGAAAACACAAAUCUGUUAGCUUCAGCGCCAGCAUCAAAGCCAGCUUUGGUCGAGAAACGUCCGUUGCACAACGACGAACUGCUGAGCGGUGAGCGUUAUAUUUCCAAGGAUAACGCUGCCGAGUACUACAUGGAAAUGCCCUCCCAAUCGUUCGAACUGCCAACUUACAGCACCAUGGAGAUGACACCAAGUCAGGAAGUGGGCUUCAAUCACGACCAAAGCACUAGCCAGAGCUAUGCACAAAGUAAUGCUGCAAAGCUUGCGCAACAGUCGUCGGAGCAGUUGUAUCAGAAUAAUGUAGAGCAGACAAAUGCACCGUAUUUCUAUGAGCCAGCCAAGCAGUUUGUACAAACUGCGCAACACCCCCAGCAGCUCCAACAACAACGCCACACGCCAGCGCAGCAAGCGUAUGUGGUUCAAGAGCAGCGCCCUGCUGCAGCAGCGCAGCAGAAAGGGUCGUUGGCCAAAGCACAACAACAAAGCCAGCAAUUAGCGAGCGAUAAAAGGUUUGCGCAAACAUUUGCCCAACCACCAACAGAAGCAACAAAAGCUCAAGCGCCUCAACCGAAUUCUGCGUGGUUUGCGGAAAUACCACAGUGGCCGCAGAAUGAGGCAUUGCAGGUGCUACAGCAGCAACAACCAUUGCAACAACAGUUGAUACAACAACCACAGACAUUGUAUAGCCGUGUUGUUAAGCCGUUGGCGCAAGCAACACAUGAACUGAGACAGCCAAUCCCACCGCAAGUACAUGCGCAACUGCAGCAACAACAGCAAUUUCAACAACAACACCAAUUGCAGCAACAGCAUCCACACCAAUUACAACAACAGCAGUUGGAAAAGCAAAAUUAUUACUCAAAAGCGCAGCCAGAGCCACGCCCACAAUCACAAACUAAACCGUUGACCUCAGCAGCCGCAGACUCAGCAACCAUAUUGGCACAUAGCUCUCAGCGCUCACCACAGCCCACGCAAUCCGCACACCCCUCACCAGCCAGCACGGCCACAGCAAGUUCUAACGCGGUCUUCAAUUUUGACUCGGCUCUUUUCAGACGCCCUCAUAGCACGUAUGGUGUACCAUUAGAAAAUAAUAAGGCAAGCGGUUACAACUAUCAGCGACCAGCGGCUCACUGAAGGCAAGCGAUGAUGCCACAUUUAUAGUGUCUCCUUUUUGAUUUAUAUUUUUAUAAGUACCGUUAUAAUUUUUUAUACUUUUAUAGAAAAAAUAUAUUAUUU